ACCACCGCUACUGUGUCCCCGUGGCUCCCUUCCAGAUAUUUCGCGCGCAAAAACUCGUAACACGUAUAACCAGCUACGAAUAUAUGCGUGUAGUAAAAACAUUUCGAUAUAAUUACCGCGUAUAUCAAUACAUUUUUUUUUAAUAUGGGUUGAAUUUAUUACACAUAACACAAAACGAAUGCAAAACUUUUAUCGGACUGUGUGAUGUUAAUUAUGUAAGAAUCACUAAAUUUUAUGGUUUGUGACGUUUGUUUUUUAGUAACACGGAAAGUAAAUUUUGGAAUGAUUUCGUUUGAGGAUGCCGACGAAAUAUCAGUGAAGACUAAAGUCAUGCCAACGCAAUAUGUGCCAGAUACUCAAAAUCGAAAACAGAAUGCCUGCCAAAAACUUAAUAUCCAAAUGGCUGCGGACAAAACAAGGAAAACAUAAAGACUCACCAUGGCGCUAGUAAGCGAAUAACCAUCAAGGAAAUAUGAAUACGACCAAACCAGAAAUACUGGUGGCAAGAAGCCAAUUAGACAUUUUGCAAAGAGGACCUGAGUACUUCGUAGAGAACCCACGACUGCCGUAUAACGUUGUGUUAGAAUUCAAUGCUACUUUUGACAAUAACAACAUUUUUAAUUCAUCGAAUAUCUCCGGUGAGGUUUGGAAUGAUUACAUAAACCUUCUUCGUGACCGCGCUCUACUUGUUUCUUUCUUACUUCUGUUUUCGUUGACGACUGUUUUUGGAAAUAUGUUAGUGAUACUGGCAGUCGUGAGGGAAAGAUAUCUUCAUACAUCUACGAAUUACUUCGUCACGUCACUAGCUGUAGCUGAUUGCCUCGUCGGUCUAGUAGUUAUGCCAUUCUCAGCACUUUAUGAAGUUUUGGAACAUACAUGGUUUUUUGGCGUGGAUUGGUGUGAUGUUUGGAGAUCUUUGGAUGUCCUCUUUAGCACUGCAUCAAUACUUAAUUUGUGUGUUAUAUCAUUAGACCGUUACUGGGCCAUCACUGAUCCUAUCACAUAUCCGAUGCGGAUGAGUGGCCGGAAAGCUGCAUUUCUCAUAGCAGCAGUGUGGGUGUGUUCAGGUGCUAUAUCAUUUCCGGCUAUCGCGUGGUGGCGUGCAGUGCGCUUGGAAGAAGUACCAGAUUAUAAAUGUCCGUUCACGGAAAAUUUAGAGUACAUAAUAUUUUCUUCGACAAUUUCAUUUUAUUUACCUUUAUUUGUUAUGGUGUUUACAUAUUACCGUAUAUAUCGUGCUGCGACUAUUCAGACAAGGUCUUUGAAAAUUGGGACAAAACAAGUGAUGAGACCAAGUGGGGAGCUAGAACUAACGUUACGUAUACAUAGGGGUGGCACGGUGCGUCAAAGAACUGAUGUGUGUCACGGUGCUUGUACUCCCGAGGAAGCGGACCAGGAACCAUUGACCGCAUUACAAAACAAUGGACUUUCAAGGUCAUCGACACGUUUAACAAAUGUUACUCAUAAUAAACAUUUGCCCAAAAACUUUUCCCUUUCACGAAAGCUUGCUAAAUUUGCAAAAGAAAAGAAAGCCGCAAAGACACUUGGAAUUGUAAUGGGUGUUUUUAUAGUUUGUUGGUUACCAUUUUUCGUAGUUAAUCUCCUAUCUGGUAUAUGUUCGUCAUGCAUCACACAUGAAGAGAUAGUCAACGUGGUGGUCACAUGGCUCGGGUGGGUCAACUCAUCCAUGAACCCUGUGAUCUACGCGUGCUGGAGCAGAGACUUUAGAAGGGCAUUUCUUAGAAUACUCUGUGUCUGCUGCCCCAGAAAAUUGCGAAGAAAAUAUCAACCACAACUUCGCUUCAAACAAUCUCAGUACCCGGUGACAACUAUGAUGUAUUCGUCGGUGACGCAACACGAGAUGUGUCGCUUGUGACAUCAGGCGCGCGCGGGGACGUGUCGGCCGCCGCGCGCGCGCUGCUCUUGAUGUCGCGACCGCCGUGCUCUGCGUACGGGCAGAAGGGACGGCGACACACAUUCAAACGACUACCCUAUGAGGACUAUAGAACAGACGAAUACGUUCGACGAACCGAUCAAAUGUCUCGAACGUCAUCUUUGCCCCGACACAUCCUAUUGCCCGGACUCGGAGUCUGUUAGUGAAAUUAGCUUAGACAGUGAAUCCAGAAAUCCAUCAAUAAAACGAAAUAUAAGUAAGAAGCGUGUAACCUACCAAACCAAAGCUGACGUGAUCUCUACUUAGAUUUAGUUUAGAAUAGUACGUGUCUAGUCAUGACUUUCACAUUGUGAAAACAAAAAUUCAAUCAGGAGCUGUGAUUUACUAGCUGUGUAAAUAUUAGUAUAAAUUAAAAUAAAUCCACGCAUUUAUGCUUCAUGUGGUUUUGAUAUUGUAAAUAAAAAUAAUAAGGGAAUAAAAACGCUUCAUAUUAUUGUAAAUAUAGAUUCGUUUCAAUCCAAUACUCCUAGGUUUUAUAAGUGUUUAUAAAAUAUUGAAUAUAUACGGAAACAG